CGAUCUGACGACAUACAUAUUUAAUUAAAAAGGGAACUAUAAAAAGAAAAGAAAUGUCCACAUUAAUAAAGUAUAUGCACAUUGUUUGUAUGAGACGAUAAAAAAGACAUUUUAAUCUAUACAUGCAUCACAAAAUACAGAUAUGUCCUCGUCGAGGUCAGCCAGCGGUACCGACUUACCCCAAAUCGGAUCGGACAACCGCAUACAUAUAGUACGCGUUUUGUGGUACAUAAAGUAGAUCAUCUGAAUCUGCACCUGUGCGUUGCCAAGACCGGAAGCGUCACCAUCGUCAUACCUUAUCCGACGACCGACGACAAUUAAUACUACUCGGUCAAGAGAGCGAGAUAAUUGACACAAUCUACCGGAGAGUACAAUUCCGCAAACUAAUUCCGCAAACUGCAAACUACCUUUUUCGCCGGUCGACUUUACUUUCCAAGUUCUCCAGUUAGAAAAUAACACAAGAGAGAUCAUCGGUUACGCCGUGUUCAGGCUAUCCAGGCCACGAGGCCAAUCCGCGGCAAUGGAUUGGCUAAAGUUCCUGAAGCCCUUGCAGACGUUUGGCACCUCAUAUCUGUAUCCCGCGCUCAAGCUUAUACUGAAGCUGUGCUAUAUCGUCACGAUACCUUUACACUAUCCAAUCUACUAUCUCUUUACUCUAGUCGUAUUUCUCUUAUCUCCCAUCUGGUACAUGCUUCACUCGAUCUCGAGUACGGCCGUAGCUAUUGUGGGUUUGGCUGCUAAGCUCAAGUACCUCUAUAUUUACUUCGCCUGCGCGGCUAUUAUAGGUAUAUGUGCCGGCUGCGCGCUCUAUGGGACGUCCAGCCUCGCCUUUGUUACGCUAGGUGUCGAUGCAUCACAGGAUCGAGAUUCAGAUUAUCUCAGGAAGGGUAAACUCCCACUCUCAUAUGACGACGAUCAGGAAUCUUAUGAGCUAGACUCCGGUACUCGUUCCGGGGACAGCUCUAGCAAGCUAUCCGCAUCCGCAUCCAGUUCAACUUCGAGACGCGUAAAGUCAAAGUGGCAAGUAAAAGACGAUACGAACGAGAUAUUCGAAAGGCAGUGGAAGCUACUAAGGUCUUCUGAAAAGCCUAAGAGGCGACGCAAGGGGUUACUUUCUCAGACGAUUCACGAGGAGAGCAGUAGUGACCUUUCGUAAUGAUCUCGAUGAGUCCCUGAGGCGGUGCUUUCAGGCUAUUCCGCACUCGGGUCAUACAUGAUCGGCAAGUGUCAGAUUCAUAUAUCAACCUACAGUGCACACGCGUCGUUGACCAUAUACAAUAGUCCAGGGGGGAGUUCAUGGCUACUGGGCUAUCUAGGUACCUAACUAUGAUUUUAAACCAGGCCGCGGCUAGAAAGCUCGGGACUCAAAAUAUGAUAGUUCUAGACUUGCCAGGAGCUAAACAAAGCUCGCCCCCGUCACAAGCUAGUAGCUAUAUUGAACAUAUUAGAAGCUGGUGUUAUUAAUAUCUUUCAUGACAACUCUAAGAUACCUACCUACAACAAAAUAAGCAGGUCUAGUUGGCGCCUACAUGUCAAAUUAUAACUACCUAAUGUACUUAUAUAAUGCAAACUAGUAAUAAAGAAAGCACAAGC